UCUAUUAGUGUUCAAUCAUGUGUAGUUUCAGACAGACCUAAUUUCGCUUUUUGAGUAGGUGAUUUUUUUGUUUUAAAUUGUAAAAAAAAUGCAAAAUAUUGUCCGAAAUAUUCGAGACCGAGUUCGGAUGCUCGGCGGUGUACAAAUCUCAAUCGAUGCAAUAUUACCGAUUGUUUUGUUGCCGUUAAUGUUUGGUGUUGCGGCCAUUAGUUUUUAUUUUAUGAUAGUGAUUUGUAUUGUGAUGCCAUUGUUUUUGGGCUAUGCCCAAUGGCUUCGAAAAUCGUAUGCGCCACGUACAAAAUUCUUUUUCAUGUGGACAUUUUGGUCGGCAGUAUAUUUGUGUUUGAUAUAUGAAAUGACCGUGCCAUUGAUGGAACUGUUGCCAGAAGAAAAUUUCAUAUUUGUCACAACGCUAUGUAUAGCAGCGUUUUGUUUUUACAAGACCAGACAAAAAGCACUCGAUAAUUACGUAGCACCAAAAAUGGAUGACAUCGAUAAUAUUCGUGAUACUGAUCAAGCACGUUUGCUAAUUGACGAUGAAGCGGUCGAUGAAAAUGAUCCCUCAAAUGACAAUUCCGAAAAUGACUCCGAUCCUUGCGAUUUUAUGAUAUCGAAAACAAAUAAUGUGUGUCCAAAGUGUCGUCGUUACAUUCCACCACGAGCAUUUCAUUGUAAAAUCUGCCAACAAUGCAUAGCAAAACGAGAUCAUCACAGUGUCUGGUUGGAUUGUUGCAUCGGCGAAUCGAAUCACAAAUUCUUUCUGGCCGGUUGUUUAUUGGCAAUGUUUGCAUUAUUAUUCGGUGCAAAUCUAUCGAUGACAUCCAUUUGUCAUCCGUUCUUUGUGUUUCGCAUUUUUAGCAUAAGCGUCUUACUACCCGACGAUUGUAGCGAUGUAUUCGAUCAAUACGACAUUGCACUUUGCUUUGUCGGUUCGAUAUACGCUACAGUGAUGGCCAUCUGCUGUCUCAUCAUACUAAUUCAACAGUGCUAUUUAAUUCUUAACGGCGUUACGGCGUCCGAAUGGAGUCGCGGUGAUAUAAAUCGUAAUGGCUGUGCUAUGAAUUUGAAAGCAUUCAUUUGUUGCUCACGUUGAAAAAAAUUAACUUUACAUUCAAUAAGGAUGUAAACGAAUGAGUGCGAUGGAGAUGUUCCAGUUGGUAUUCGUUCGUAUUUGUAAACGUUCGCUUACAUCGUUAUCAUUCAAUUAUUAUGGUUCAAACAACUUUAUCAUUUUCCACGUUACUAGAAUAAUAAGUUAGUCAUUAGUCAUAGGACUUUUUGCGCAACCAUAAAUCAACUAUUUAUGAGGUUGUAGCUAUCGGAAGUCCAUAAACAUUUUAAAAUAAAACUUUUACGCGAACGGUAAUUAUUUUAUUUUUUGAUUCGAUUGUAAAGCGAUAAAAAUAAUCAAUUGUGGUUUGGAGCAAUAAAAAUAUUCAAAAAUCUAACUCUCUAUCCGUUGAGGUUUUACCUUAACUCGUUCUAAAAAAUGUGUUUCGUAUUCAAAUUAUUAGUACAAUUUGAAAAAAUCGACACUCGUGGUACUUCUGUGGAAAAAUCAUUGAGUCUCGCGUUCUGUAUCCAAAUUCAUUAGAACAGAAAAUUAGGUCAAUAGUUUUUAAUAAUUAAAUUAUUCAAAAAAUGCACAGAUGAUAGAUGAAUUUACAAAUUACAUUCUAUAUAGCCUAAGGUCAGAUGGCCAGAUUUCAAUUGUAUGAAAGUGAUUUUUUUCCCUAAUAUAAUGGGCAUAUUCGUGAAUAUAUCGAUUGAAGGAAAAAGUUUAGGUUGUUCGAAUUUCAUGCAAGUUCAGUUUGUGUAAUUUAUCCAAAAUAAUUGCCACUGAUUGUCACUAUGUUGACUGACAAUUACCCAAAAUUAGGCCUCGUUAAAUAUUUAAUCUGGUUUGCAGUAUUCACUACUAUUCAGUCAAUGGUUCUGCACGUGAGUGAAAAUAAAGUGAAGAAUAUUUAAAUAAGAAUGCACAAAGGCUUCGAUUAAAUACAAAAGGAAUGUUAAAAUGGCAUUUCCCUUUGAAUGGUGUUAGAUAGUAUUAUUAUUUUUUCGUUUAGUGGUCGAUUCUAGUUUAAUGGAAUUCAAAAAAAUUGUUUUUCUUUAUUUUAGAUAGAUAUUGCACUUUUACGUAUAAAUUUUGUUCGAUUUUUAAGAAAUAUGAAUGCCAAAAUGGGUGUGACCUUGAUAGAGUAUAUUUGCCAAAAACGAUGUGGAUUUGGCAACCAUAAAUCCUAAUCAACUAUAGUUUAAAUUAAUAAUAAAAAUCCAAAAUAAAAUGAAGAGACUGGUCACCGUGGAUUCAUAAAUACACAUUAACUUUUUCGUAACGCACACAACUACGUUCUUCUCUACAACUUUGCUGCUCACAAAACUGUCACAAUAAAUAUAUACCAUAAUCUAUCUAAAAAAUUAGCAAUUAUUGUCUCAAGAAUGAUGAAGAAAAUCAUGUUCAAUAAACGAUUUUAUUGAUUUUAAUUGUA